GCUACGGGCGCUUAAGAAACCACGUUUAAUUAAUAUUUUAAACGUGCAAAAAAAAACAAGGAAAGAAAAAAAAAAUGGUUUCAAAAUUUUAUUCGAGCCUUUCACAAGAUCUUUCAUUAGUAUUAGAUGAUUCAGAUGAUUAUAAUGUAGUUAUUGUGGUUGGAAAAAAUCAAGAUAUAAAGGAGUUUCGUGCGCACUCUCAUAUUCUUAGAUCUCGUUCACCUUAUUUUAAAAAUGCGUUUUCAAAGAAGGAAUAUCAAACUACUUUUGUAGCUUCAACAGACGGAUUGAGUAAUAAUAAUGUGAUGGAGUUCAAAAAACCAAAUAUUAAUCCUUCUGUUUUCAAAAUAAUUAUCAGGUAUAUGUAUACAGGUGAAGUGGAUUUAACAAAUACAUCAAGCAUAGAUAUUCUUGAACUUCUUGUUGCAACUAAUGAACUACUUCUUAAAGAAUUAUUUAAACAUGUUCAAGAUUAUUUAAUUGAAAAACAAGCAGAUUGGAUUAGGAAAAAUUUUGUUCUUGUCCUUCAUUCUGUAUUUGAUCUUAAAAGCUGUAAGAAACUAAAAGAUUAUUGUCUUGAAUCUAUUUGUGAAGAUCCACAACCAUUUUUUACUUCAAAAAACUUUCUCUCGUUAAAUAAAGAUAUCUUAUAUGGUUUGCUUGAACGGAACGAUUUACAGAUUGAAGAAAUUAUUGUUUGGAAUAGUCUAAUUAAAUGGGGUAUCAAACAAACCCCUGGUUUGAGAAUUAGGAAUAGCAAAUGGAAUAAUAGGAAUUUUGAGGCAUUAAAGAAAACUUUAAAUAAAUUUAUUCCUCUUGUUCGGUUUGUUGGAAUUUCUUCUACUGAUUAUUUUGAUAAAGUUCGACCUUAUAAAGCUAUUAUUCCUAAUCAUAUUUAUGAAGAAAUUGAAGAAUAUUAUUUUAAAGGCAACUUACCAAGAAUAACCACUUUACCUCCACGAAUAGGAAUAAUCCAGAAAAUUGAAUCAUGUAUCGUCAAGCCAAAGCUAUCCAGAAUAAUUAUUAAUUGGAUUGAAGGAAAAGAUCCAAAUUAUAAUCGCAAUAAGAAGGAUGCGGAUUAUAAAUUUGACCUUAUUUAUCGUAGAAGUCGUGAUGGAGAUAAUAUUAUUCGAAAUAGAUGUGCUGGAAGAGGAGCAAUUUUGAUUUUAACCAAAGUUAAAGGUUCUGAAAAAAUAUUUGGUGGGUAUAAUCCUAUCGGAUGGAAUGAUAACAGUAUAAAUUAUAAUGACGGUAUAAAUUAUGGUUUGGAUGAUAACGGUUUAAAUUAUAGGGGUAUAAAUUAUGAUUAUUAUAAAUAUGGUGGUUAUUCUCGUCAUAACCGUCAUAACCAUCAUAACCAAUAUAAUCAAUAUUUACCGUCUGCGGGAAGUUUCAUAUUUUCGUUUGAAAAUAAUGAAGAUAUUAAAAAUAUGAAGAUUAGUCGCGUGGUUAAUUCAUCAUGUGCCAUUUAUAAUUAUCUUGGGAAUGGAGUCAACUUUGGUGGAGGCGACCUAGCGUUAGAGAACGAUCGUCUCUCUUUAGGUUAUACCGGUUAUUAUGAAGGCUUAAAAAGGAAUAAUAAUGAAUUUUUAACGAAUAAUCACAAUAUAGGUCGAUUCGAAGAAGUUGAAGAAGUUGAAGAAGAUAAUUAUUAUGGGAAUCAUGAAGUUGAAGAAAUCGAAGCUUUUGAACUGAAAUUAAAUACGUAGAUAGUUAUAAUUUAUAAAUAUUAGUGUUAAAUUUAUAAUUAAAUCAGGAGAAUUUUGUAAUAAAUUGUCUAAAAAGUUGAAUGAUAAAUAUUGGAUUUUAUAAAUAAAUUACUUCAUUGCCAUUUUUUUUUUAACG